AUGGGGGAUGCCAAGGGGCAGCGUGAGCCUCCGGCAACGGUUGUUGGUGUCGUACAGGAUGCUCUGAUUGGGAUGCGGACCCGCAAAAGCUUUGGCUCGCGGGUUUUCUGGGGUUUGGUGGUCAGCUGUUACUGGAUCUCAGGCGGCCUUUUCUAUAAAGUGAGCUUUGACGAUGGAGACGUGGACAUCUUGUCGUCUGACGAGGUGCUUCAGGAUGUUGCAGCAGCCAAGCACCAUGUUGAGGAGAAGAAGAACCACGAGGAGAGUUCAUUGCCACCUGUGGAUGAAACGGCAGGGAACGAUUACGUCAGUGUCAUGAGGGUACAGAGCUUGAAGCAGAAGCAGAACUUGAAGCGGAAGCGGGAGGAUGGUGUCGAGGGGUUGGCUCCGCGCACAAGACGUGUGCGUUUGUGGGGCCAGCGACUCUACGCUUCUAUCUACACGAACAUGCAGAAUGAGACGUUUAUAAAGAAAAUGAUUCGGACCGAUGAAGGCGGAGUGGGCGAGAUGGAAGCGACGGGAGAAGUCGAGGUGGGAGACAUGGUCGUUGCAGUGAACGACACGAGAGUGCUGGGCAUGACGAGCAAAAACGUCGCCGCACUCAUCCGGAAGCCCAACCGGCCCAUUACAUUGACGUUCUAUCGACCACCACAGUCGACGGUAUUCACACAACCGCAAGAAAAAGCGAGUGUACAGGAUAAACUGCCAGGUGCACCAAGUGUUCCAGCGACGACCACGGCUGCUCCACCGCAGACGCAACAGGUUCGGCAAAACUUGACGCAACCGCUGAGUGUGUCGUCGACUCCGCUUGCUGCUACAAUAUCUGUACCAUCGACCGUUGCAUCCGCCCCUGCUCUGGUGUCGUCGUUGCGUGCCACUCCUCAGCAACCGCUUACUCGCCCGCUAUCGAUGGUGCAAAAGAUGGCCGCGCAAUGGAUUCAACAAACCUGCAUGUCACAUGCGUAUGACCUAUCGACAAGCAAGGGAUUAAUCCUGCAACGACUGAGUCAGAUUGCUGCUGCAAGGCAAGCAGGCUUUAUGUUCGGGUAUCCGCCGGGCGUGUUUGUGCGUGAAAAUGUGCCUCCUGCUGGUACAGUGCCUUCAGCGACCAACGGCACAACUGAAUCUCAUCAGGUCUGCGCUGUGCAGAGAGUCGUCAGUACUGCUCCAAUGACACGUGUGCCAGAUGUGUCGGUUCCUACUGCGCAAUAUACGAGACCGGUGCACCAAGUUCGUGCCGCCGUGCCUGUAAAUCGACCUGACAGUAACCAUGAGCAUAGCCAGCGACAACAUGCUGGCGUGGUGGUUGGCGAACAAGCGCAGCAGAUACAAGCAGUGCCUGUUCCAAGCGAGUCUUCUGAUGAGCGGAUACUAUCUAGCUCUACAGCAGGGACGAGCUCGAUAUCAAAGGAAACGCCUGUACCUGAGGUCGGACCAGAGCAACCAGUUUCUGCGUUAGACCCCGGGCAAACCGGACAUGAAGCUUCAAAGUCCAGACAAACCUUCGAUCUGGAGAUCACAAGCGAUCGACCAUCCGGUGAAAAAAUGUCGUGCGAGAGCCUCAGCUCCACGAGUACUUUGGAGUGGUCUACUUCCAGUGUUGGCACGAAUGUGCUGGUCAUGCAGGAUGCUGAAGCGUCUGUAACACUAGACAAGAAAAGCUCACGGACUGCCGAGCAGGCGAUGGAUAUCUCUACUGAUCCUUCGUUGCCGCCAUCAGAGGAAGCGCCUGAAGAGGACAUCAUGAAAGCUGCGCCUUCGUCUGUACCGGCAACUGCACAUGGUGGUGAAACCCAAUCGACCUUGAUGGAGGCGAGCGCUUCCAACUCGAUGUCGUUCCUGUCACCGAGCGCUUUUAGUGGCGAGUCAAGUGUUCUGUCACGUCGACAAUUGUCAGCUGCGAGUAUGGCCGAUUGCUUUGCACAAGUCGAGUCCAGUGUCGGCCUCGUGAGCGUAAGGGUUUCUCGUCGGCGACUGGGCCUCACCUUAGGUGUUCAGGGUACGCUGAUCGCUGUCACUUCUUUCGUCAAAGACGAAGCUGGCCGACCCGGCGAGGUCGAAGCGAGCGGCAAGAUUUUCAUUGGCGAUGUGUUAGUGCGUGUCAACGGGACCUUUAUCAUCUCCGGGUUGACGCCCGGUCAUGUAGCAAAUAUUGUAACCCGCUCGUCACGGCCAAUGACACUUUGGUUUAAGCGCGCAUCGUGGGAUAUCCUAGAUGGCAAAGCGUAG